CCCACUUCCACCUCAGCCUCGCCACGCAUCCAAACAACGCCGCAUUGCCCACACCGCCUCCUUCCUCCAUCCAUCCACAGCAGCGUGUGUGUGUGUGUGUGUGUGCGCGCGCCUGCGACUGCAGCCUGCAUUUUCCCUCUGCCUCACGCGCCGAGCGAGUUAGCCGGCUGGCCUUGUUUGUGUUUCCCACAUCUGACAACCAACCAAGGAAGAAGAUCAACAGCGAAAGGACAGCGAAAGGGGCGUCCUUGGUUCACACCGACACACACACACACACACACAUACCCACCCACACGAACCAGUCACGAUGGCACGCCCAGCUGCGCUGGCGCUCUGUGCGAUGGCUGUCGUCCUGGUUGGCAUUGGCAGUGUUGGCACUGCUGUUGCCGCCACUGCUGAAGCAUCCUUUGUCAAAGGCUUGCCUGGCCGACCUCUGGUCAUUUCCCAAACCACGUCUGUGAGUGAUGUGGAGCUUCUUGCCAACACAACCAUCUUCGACGGCAGCUUGGAGUUUACGGCCGAUCUGUGUGGCCAUGCCGAUUUCAGCGGCAUUGUGGCGCAGCUUCAAGCCAGCCUCAGCGAUCUCACCGAAAUCCGCGGCUACCUUGUGGUCCACGAUGCGUCCUGUUUCACCGACCUCAGCUUCUUCGGCAGCCUCGGCGUUGUGCGCGGGCGGUACCUGUACAAUGACGAGUAUGCCAUCUCCGUGGACGUGUCGGCCGACAACGGUGCCUCCCCGCCCUUCACGGCCCUAAGCCUCACGUCCCUGCAGACAGUUGAGCGCGGAUCCGUGCGGUUCACGCGCGAUGCGUCCCUCUCCACCACGUGCCUUGGCUUUGGGACCGCCAGCCAGGCUGCCCAGGAAGGCGCAAACUUCACCGCGCUGCUCUCCGGGCCCGUAUCCGCGCCGCAGACAAGCAGCGGGGUGGUCACCAUUGACGUGGGCGACUGGAGUGUCGUCUUUACGGAGGACACGGCGUGUGGCGGGCCCUUUUGUAACGCGGCGUGCGACGCUUGCUGGGACGCUGCUCCAUCCAGCUGCCAAGCAGUGUGCGAUGCUGGUGCCUGUGGUGCCGCUGGGUGCCAUGCGACAGCAGCUACCUGCUGCCCCUCCACGUGUGCGGGCGGUUGCUUCGAUGCCUCUGGCUCAACACAGUGCUACGCGUGCGCUGCAAACCACUUGCGUACCGCCACCGGAGCCUGCGUGCCCACCUGCCCUGCCAGCACAAUGGCGGCUGGCUUUGAGGCUGUCGCCGUUGCCAACUGCACCAGCGACCCCGUGUCCGGUGCUGUCACGUACGAGGACGCGUUCUUCUACUGCACACCAGCAUGUGAUCGCCGCACCGCCCUGUUUGCCGGCGAGUGCCGCGUGCGCUGUCCGAGCGGAUACGCAGCUGUCGACGGCCAGUGCACGCCGGCACCAGACUACACAGUGUGCACGUCUGUGUACGAUUUGACGCACGUGUGUCAGCUGUCGGCGCUUCAGCAGGAAGACUGCGACUAUCUCCCCGGAAGUGUUCACCUGCGUCCAUACGGGAGCAACGUUGAAUCAUCCCUCGCCCUUGCGCCCGAAUCCCUCAUCUCACAGGCAACCACAAAGCUCAGGCGCGUUGGCGGGGAGCUGAGCGUGCACCGCGUGCUGCUGGAGACGGUGUCCAUUUUGGAAAAUGUUCAGCGAUUCGAUGCCAAUGUAUAUGGCACGCUUGACCUGAACGACCAAGGGCUCUGGCUGAGCUCGCUCGCGCCGCCAACGGAUGUCAUCAGCGUGCACACCAACUACUUCCUCGGCACGCUUGGUCUUCGCUGGCUCCGCUCGCUUCCCCAGGACUCAAACGUGCACUUUGUGGACAACUACCUGCUCGUGCUGCACAACACCGUGCGCUGGGCGGACGUGAACGCCACGGCCACUAUUGAGAUUCUCGGUCUGCUUGAUCCGAGUGUCAAUGGCAUUUUCUUCUCCAUCUUCGGACUGCUCAUCUCCUCGUUCCAGAGCGCCGGCAACCUCCACCCAAUCCGCAAAGAAGUGGUGCAGUGUGCGCAGCAUUGCGGCGGCGCGUGCUGGGGACCGGGCGACCGGGACUGUCAGAAGCCCCCUCUCGGCAAGCUGCUCUUCAACGGCACACUGAUUGACGACACAUACGGGUGCCCGAACGGCACGUACGAGGACGAACUGGUCUGCCUGGAGUGCAACGCCCAGUGUGCCACGUGCAGCGGCCCUGAUGAUGACCAGUGCACGUCGUGUGACGGCGGGCUUGUGCUGCAGGACUCGAUGUGUCUGGACGCAUGCAGCGAUGGCUGGUUCCCUGUUUCGAGCGUCUGCGUACAGUGCGAUCCGGAGUGCGCGCGAUGCAAUGCGCUCGGGUGCAUCGAGUGCAACGAUGACUUCUACGUGGUGGAGGGCACAUCUGCGCCCGUGCUCUGUGUUGACACGUGCACCAACGGCACAUACACAAACCCGACCGCCGGCACAUGUGUGCAGUGCCCAGACGACUGCUUCAGCUGCAGCAGCGACAGUUGCGAUUUAUGCAACGAUGGCUUCUACCGGGCAGACGUCGGCGGCGUUGGCACGUGCAUGCCGCUCACCACGUGCAGUGCCGCGCAAUUUGAAAUGGUGCCAGCGACCGCCCUCAGCGACCGAGAGUGCAUGCAGCUGUCCACCUGUGGCAGCAACGAGUACAUUGCCGUUGGCGCCACCCCCACAUCCGACCGCGUGUGCCAGCAGUGCCAGCAGUGCGACCCGGCAACGCAGGUUCGCGUUGGCGGCACGUGCACCGGCACCAUCCCUGGCGAGUGCGUGUUUAUCGACCUGUGCACAGCGAGCACGUGCAAGAACGGCGGGCAGUGUACCAGCAUCAACGGCACGCAGAUUGAGUGCACGUGCACAGCCGACUUUUGCGGCACGGUCUGCUCCUCGCCCGUCAUUGAUGGCAAGUGUCAGCUGGGCGAGUCAUCCUCCUCCGCCAGCAGCGUCGUCGCCGGCGCCGGCGUUGGUGCUGGUCUCCUGCUGCUGAUUGUGCUGCUCGUUGCGCUCUUUAUUCUUCGCAAGGAGGGCCGGCGUGCGCUGGACGUGUACAUACCCUCCAAGGAGCUGCGCGAGCGCACCAAGCCCGAUGAGUGGGAGCUUGACCGCAACCUGCUCACGGUUGGCCGGGUGAUUGGCGAGGGCCACUUUGGCAAGGUGAGCCACGGCCUGCUUGCCCACUCAGACGACAAGGGCACCAUGGGGAACAGCGUUCCUGCAAAGGAGGUGGCGGUGAAGCAGCUCAAGGGCAACGCCAACGGCACGCAGGAGGAGGACGACUUCUUCAAGGAAAUGGAGUUGAUGAAGUCGCUCGGCCGCCACAGGCACGUGCUGAGCCUCGUCGGCGUGUGUUCCAUCGACGACCCGAUCCUGCUUGUGAUUGAGUACGCAGAGCACGGCGACCUGCGUUCAUUCGUGCAGUCGAAGCGCGCGACGGAGCGACGGGGCCCCCUCCUCAACAACACGCACUUUGUCGACUUUGGCGCACAGAUUGCCAGCGGCAUGGCCUUCCUCGAACACAACAGGAUUGUGCAUCGUGACUUGGCUGCGCGCAACAUCCUCGUCUCGUCCGGCACCGUCCUCAAAGUCUCCGAUUUCGGCCUCGCACGAGAGAUUGACUCUGAUGAGGAGUACAUCACGCAAGGAGAGGGCAAGAUGGCCUUCAAGUGGAUGGCACCAGAGUGCCUUCGCCUCGGCGUCUUCACUGCCAAGUCUGAUGUGUGGUCCUUUGGCGUCACGCUCUGGGAAAUUGCAAACUUUGGCGGCAUGCCAUUCCCGCUUGUCGGCAACGACAAGGUGUUGGAGGAGCUUGACCGGGGUCUGCGCUUACAGCAGCCGGAUGAGUGCUCGGAUGCCCUGUACGCCGUCAUGAACGCCUGCUGGCUUGAUGAGGAAAACGCCCGCCCAGCGUUCCAAGAACUGCUUGUGCGCCUGGCCAAGCUGUCACAGCACGACAUCACAUACUACCAGGACCCGAACGCAGGCCAGCGGCCAGACCACAUGCCGGCGGAGGUGUUUGAGCGACUGGUGGCGCAGGGCCGCCUGCGUCCCGUGUCCAACGACUACACCACCGCGGCUGACGGGCGCGGUGCUGGUGGUGGUGAUGAGGAUGAUGAGGAUGAAGAGGAGCGUUUCCCCACGUACGACAACGAGGCUGUGACGAUGACGCCGGAUGAGCUGGACGAGCAAGACCGCCGCAACACGCUGAUGGCGCAGCAGCGGGGCAUGGAGGAGGUUGCUGACGGCGCUGCAUACGACCUGGGCGCCGCAGAUAACGAGGGCGGCACGGCCGAGGACGAGAUGGACCAGGCUGCGUAUGAUCUUGGCGAUGAUGCUGCGAACGGCGGGGCAGGGGAGUCGAUGACCGAGGAAGAGAUGGAUCAGGCAGCGUACGAUAUGGGUGAUGCCGACGAGGACACGGCCGCGGCACCUGCAAUGACGGAGGAAGAGAUGGAUCAGGCAGCGUACGAUAUGGGCAACGAGAGUGAAGAGGGGGGCAGUGACAGCGAGGACGAAGAUGAUGAUGAUGAUGAUGAUGAUGAUGAUGAUGAUGAUGAUGAUGAAGAGGAGGAGGAAGAGCCACACGGGUUUUCAGAGAACCCGCUGGUGAAGUGACGUGAGACAGAGUUGCGCUGACGAGUGUUGUUUGAGUGACGCGGUUUGAGGGACGCGGUUUGAGGGACGCGGUGUGAGUUCCUUAUCGUGUUGAGACGUUGAGCUGAUGCAGUAUUGUGAGUGUGUGUCGUGCAUGAGGGAUAGUAGGGGUGCUCUUCUUUGUGCUUGCUUGUUUGCCUGCUUCUUCCUCUCCUUGCUUGCUUGCUUACAUGCUUGCUUCUUUUUUCAUGCUUCUAUUUCGCUUGUUGCACAUGCCUUUUGUUUCUCUUGUUACAUUACAACGGUUCCCAUUGC